UAAAUGCAGUGAACAACUCAAAACUCCCGAGGACUAUUGGAUACAUUUAUUAAAGGAAGCCUCUGAUGAAAAUGAACCUCCAAAAGAAGCGCCUAUUGAGAUUCAAGAAGCUUAUGAAGUUCUUGAAAGACAUC